AUGAACGACGACCCCGGACAAAUGGAAGCCACCUCAACCGAAUCUCGGCCGGGGCAUGCCGAGGACAUUCUUCAACAUCCAUCCUAUCAAAUCCAGUUCAAUCCGAACGACUCGUUGAUCAGGGAAGCAACGACCAAUACGGUCCGAUCGAGCUUGACGAAUAAUCUCUUGAGGGUUGCAAAAUGGUCUUCAGAUGGCAGUACAGUCUUGACGGAAGCAGAGGAUCGAACGGUUCGAUUGUUUAUGGGUUGCAAGCCCGAUCCUCACGUCUCCGGCGAUACGAAUAAUGAUCAACUUUCUUGGAGGUCGACGCGGAAUUUUCCCAUGGCAGAUGCUUUACUCUCGACUUGCUGGUUCCCCUAUUCAAGUUUGAACGACCCCAGUCGGUAUUGCUUUGUGGCCGCUGUCAAAGACCAUCCAAUUCACCUGCUGGAUGCGAAUGAUGGAAGGAUUCGCGCCUCCUAUCCGAUCGUGGAUCACAGAGAACGAAUGGUAGCUCCUCACUCGAUGUUGUUCUCUGAUGAUGGUACCACACUUUUCGCUGGUUACGAGUCUGCAAUUGAAAUGUUUGAUGUGUCUCGGUCGGGUGAAGCAGGCGAGAGGUAUAAGACACUUUCAUCGAGGAAAAGUAAAGAUGGUCAAAAGGGUAUUAUUUCGGCCCUGGCUUUGGAUCCCUCACAGCAAGGACUUCUGGCUGCUGGAUCGUAUUCAGGACAGAUUGCUUUGCAUGAUACGAAAUCUAGUGAGAUCGCUCCGGCCCUCGUAUUCAAUACCACGGAAACCACAGGGGUUACUCAGGUCAAAUUCCAUCCACAAAACGAUCAAGUCAUGUUCUCGGUCUCUAGGAAGAGCAAUCAGAUUCUCUGUUGGGAUCUCCGAUAUGGAGCCACAACGUUCCACAGUUUCAAUAGACCCGGAAGGACAAAUCAAAAGAUCCAAUUCGAUAUCGAUUGGGCUGGGGCUAAUUUGAUCACUGGUGGAACCGAUGGAAAAAUCCGAUUCUAUAGCCUGGUAGACGUCAAUCGUCCAGUUCAAGAGUUUCAAAUUCAUUCCGAUACCAUUGGUUCAGCCUCGUUUAACCCUACAGCUUCGACGACCAUAGUGACAUGUGCCGGGUCCAGACGUGCAUCCAACAACCUGUCACCCCCGACACCGACCACAACCUCUGAUCUUUCUUUAGUCGAUCCACUCCCUGCUAAGGACCUUUCCUCCUCAGCUCAUCAUUCCAAACUAACCGAAUUAAAGCUCUGGAAAUUCUCCUAUCUGUAAUUUGCUAUGUGUAUAUUGUGCUGCAUCAUCGAUGCGGGCCGACGUCAAAUAAGCUGAACACAUCCUGG